AUGGAAGCGGACUAUUACAGCCCCGAACACUCAGAUGAUGGUGGUGCAACCCCAGUUCAAGAUGAGCGUGACUCUGAUGAUGAGGGAAAUGAUAAUGAACAACAUGGCUCAGAUGUUGAAAGUCCAGUGCAUCGAUAUGAGAAUGACAACAGCGAUGAAGACAUGAAAGGAGGAGGCAGCGGAUCUGAGAAUGAAGUAAAUGAUUCAGAAGAUGAUGGACCUAGGGAGCGUACCUCCAGUGAUUUAGAGAAUGGUCACAAUAACCAUAAUGCUAGUGACUCUGAAAACGAAGAUGCUCAAAAUCACAUUGCCAGUGAUUCAGAUGAUGAGCCAACCAGACAAAAAGGCAGUGGUGAUGAUGGUACUCCUGAAAAACGAAGAGCCAGUGAUUCAGAGGAAGAGGUAAGAUCUAGACAUUCUGGAAGUGAUUCUGAUGAGGAUACGCCCAUUAAAAGGCGCAUUAAUGAUUCUGAUGAUGAAGGGCAAGGAAAAAAUGCAGCUAGUGAUUCUGAAACUGAAUCUCGAGCCAAGCAUGUGGAUAGUGACUCAGAAGAUGAGGCUCCUGUCAAGCGGGGGCACCUAGUGACUCUGAAGAUGAGACUCCAGUCAAGCGAGCAGCUAGCGACUCAGAAGAUGAGGCUCCUGCAAAGCGAGCGGUCGGUCAGUGACUCAGAAGAUGAGGCUCCUGCAAAGCGAGCGGUCAGUGACUCAGAAGAUGAG